GGUGUCCGAAGAGGGAGAGCGGCGGCGCGCGUCUCCGGCGACUCCGGCGGCGGCCCCAAAGCGCUAGGAAGCUCAGCCCCGGGGGCGGCGCGGGUAGCGGCGCGAGCUCGUUGAAGAAGGCGCGAGCAGCCCAGCAUAGCUGGGCGGGAGAAGGGCGCGUGCGGCUGAGCCUCGCCGAGGGGACCCUUCAGCGCUAGCCGAGGCGGCCGACACCGGAGACUCCUUUCCCGGUGCCAGCCGCCCCGCCCUCCUGUCUCCUGAGCCAAUCGGGCUUGGAGCGCGCUAGCCUGCCUCCCUGAACCCGCCAAUUGCAGGCGUCGUCUUCCGCCCGCCAAUCACGGCCAGACAGGUGCGAAGCCCGACGCGACGGGGGCCAAUCCUCAGCAGGUCCGGGCCGGGACUCUAAGCCAAUGAGAAGGCGCUCUGGGAGCGUCGAGUGACGUGCGCCCCCGCCAAUCGGAAGUGCGAGCCUCUGGCUCUUCCUGGCGGCGCACCUAUCAGGGCGCGCGCUCCGUGGCGGCUAGGCCAAUCCGGAGGAGAAUCGCUUAGUCUCUCCCCUCCCGAAGAGUUGGGAAUGUCCUACAAACCCAUAGCUCCAGCGCCCACCAGCACAACCGGCUCCAGCACGCCAGGGCCCGGAACCCCCAUCCCUUCAGCCACGAGUGUCCCAUCCCCCUCGGGCUCAGUGCCUGGAGCCGCUGCCCCCUUCCGCCCCCUCUUCAAUGACUUUGGGCCGCCUUCCAUGGGCUAUGUGCAGGCUAUGAAGCCCCCUGGCUCCCAGGGUUCCCAGAGCACAUAUACAGACCUGCUCUCCGUCAUCGAAGAGAUGGGCAAGGAGAUCCGGCCCACUUAUGCUGGCAGCAAGAGUGCCAUGGAGCGACUGAAACGAGGCAUCAUCCAUGCCCGGGCACUGGUCAGAGAAUGCCUGGCAGAGACAGAGCGUAAUGCCCGCACGUAACGACGAGCUGCCCCCUCCCCACCCUAUGGACCUUCCCACCUAUUUGCAUCACCUUUUGGAGCAGAGCCCCUCCCCUUGUGCCCUUCUUCUCUUCCCGAUCUUCGACCUUCUCCUGUCCUUCGACCUACAGCCAUGCCGGGUGGGACGGGAGAACCUGGAUCCAGUGCCAGGCGCCAGCAGCAGAGCUGAUGCCUCUUGGCCUCCUUUGGUAGCCCUAUAGCCAGCAGGUGUCUGCCAGGGAGUCCUUGGCCCAGGCAUCCUCCUCCCCACCCCAGCACAGUACUGACCUUCAGCCCUCUCCCCUCUGCCCCACGCUGGAACUCCUCCCUCCUCUGGCUGGGGCCUCCCUGGCACCUGUCACCUCCCAGCCCUGCCUCUCAGGCGCUUGGGGUGGUGCCUUUUCUCAGUGUCUUUUACUAAAAUGCUCUUUUCUAUAAAUAAAAGGAGAUUUGGAGUUG